AUGAAGGCCUACGAGGAGCAUGAGGCUCGCAACGGCAAGAUUGACGACCACGCCAGGGCCAAGGAGGUCGUUGCCGGACUUAUCGGCGCCUUUGUCGGUCGUGAGGUCGAAACCAAGGGUCUGGACUUCAUUGACCGGGAGAAGGCUAAGCGUCAUGCUUGGGAGCGUGCCGAGGAGUCGAUGGGUAACAGUGGUCGCUGGUAG